AGGAGUAAGAAAAUUAGUUUCUCGUUGGAUACCCCACCUGUUGACUGAAGAGCAGAAAGCAGCCAGGGUUAAUUGGUUUCAAAAAACGCUUGACCGUUUCAAUUCCAAAAAAUGUGUACAGCAUUGUUAGUGGUGAUGAAUCGUGGAUUUACUGUUUGCGGAUUGGUAUACCACCAUUUGUUUGCCAAAAGUCAUCACCGAAAGAAGAAUCAUCCUCCACCAAGGCAAUGCAAGCUCGCACACAGUCCAAAAAACAAGGCAGUAUUUAACGGAAGAAAACGUAGAAUUAUUGGACCAUCCUCCAUAUAGUCCCGAUCUAACUAGCGAUUUCUUUACUUUCCCGAAAAUUAAAAGCACACGGCGUGGUCAAAGGUUCCAGUCACCAGAAGAAGCAGUUGACGCAU